AUGUCGAAUCCAAACGAACCAGCGAAGGCUCUUCUACCUUACCUACAACGCGCCGACGAGUUGCAGAAGCAUGAACCGCUUGUUGCUUAUUACUGUCGUCUAUAUGCUAUGGAACGAGGAUUGAAGAUUCCUCAGAGCGAGAGAACUAAGACUACCAAUUCAAUUCUUGUUUCCCUCAUUAAUCAACUGGAAAAGGAUAAGAAAUCAUUGAAUCUAGGCUCUGAUGACAAUAUGCAUGUGGAGGGGUUUGCACUAAAUGUAUUUGCAAAAGCAGAUAAGCAGGAUCGUGCAGGAAGAGCAGACUUGGGCACUGCCAAAACUUUUUAUGCUGCAAGCAUCUUCUUUGAAAUUCUGAGCCAGUUUGGCCAAGUUCCUCCUGAUAUAGAGCAGAAACAGAAGUAUGCUGCUUGGAAGGCUGCUGACAUAAGAAAAGCCAUUAAAGAAGGAAGGAAGCCCACUCCAGGUGAUCCUGUAGAUGAUGAAAAUGAUUUAUCCAUUCCAUCAAGCGGUCCUAGUGGCUCCUAUGAUCUUGGUGCAAGUGAUACCAACAUGACGAGUCAUCAUAGAACAGAUCCGGAUUCAUCCCAUGACUCGAAUGAUGACUCUGGCCACCACCAUUUCCCUGAAGUGCCUCAACACCCUCUACCACCAAGGUUUCAUGACAAUCCUAACAAUGAUUAUCCCACAGAUACCCCGCCUCCACCACCGUCUUCUUACCCUUCCAACGAGUUUCUUUCUCCUCCCACAGGCCCAUCAGAAUCCUCUUACCCGCAUCCUUACAAUCACCAAACGUACAACCAAGACCCGCCACAACACAUGCCGCCUCCACAAAACUACCCAUCUCAUGAGCCUUCUCCAAAUUCUCUCCCUAAUUUCCAGUCUUAUCCUAGCUUUAGCGAGAGCAGCCUCCCAUCCACUCCUUCCCACUACCCUCCUAACUACCAAAACCCAGAACCUUACUAUUCUUCUCCACAUUCCGCACCUGCGCCUUCUACGAGCUUCGCCUCUGCUCCUCCUCCUCCUUACUCAUCAUCAAACGGGCGUAUCAACAUCCCUCCCGUUGUAGAUUCUUCACCGAGUCCAGCUCAAAAGUACCAUUACGACAGCAGCUACCAGCCAGGGCCAGAGAAGGUUGCAGAGGCCCACAAGGCUGCAAGAUUCGCCGUGGGAGCUUUGGCUUUCGAUGAAGUCUCGACUGCUGUAGAACAUCUGAAGAAGUCACUCGAGUUGCUAACAAAUCCAGCGGCCGGCCACUGA